UUUUUGUGGAUUUUUAGAAAAUGGCCCGCGAAAUGUACUUUAAAGAAGGAGGUACCUAACCCUACAUCCCAUUCUCAUUAUCAUUCUCUAUCCCAUUCCCUUAACCUCUCUGCAUUCCUUCCUAAAAUUAAUUCCAACCUCUUCUCUCUCCUGCUCUAAAAUUCCUUAUUUUCUUCGCAAAUCCUCUGUUUUCAAAUUCAGGUUGGGAAUUACUUACCUCUUUGUGUAUCGCUGGGAACUAGGUAUUUGAUCUUUGGUCUUGGAUUUUAGGGACCAAGCUGUAUGUUUGGUUGAUGAACGAGGAUUGGAGAGGAAAGAGAGGAGUCGAUUUUGAGCUGGAAGUGUAUGGAAAAGACCAGAACCUUGAUAAGAAGAUCUGGAGAGCGACACAUUUUAGCAUGCAUUUUCUGAGUGAAAUUACGAGUCAUUAUGAUUUUUGUUCUUUAUACAUUGUUCAUCCUUUUACGGUCAAAUUUUUGGCAAAAAUCAACCCAAUAACUAUUACAAAUCUGGAUAAAGUUAUAACAAAUCAGGUCACAAAGAGAAACAAGAAGCUUCAAUUUUUUUUGAAAAAUUGCUACCCAAGAAAAGUGCAAAGUUCAUUUUUUCACGCAAGCUAUGAAUUGAUUCGGAUAACAAAUUACUUUCCUCAAUUAAUUAAGGUCAGCUCAAAAAUUCAAAACGAAAUUGGCUUUGGCAAGUUUCACAUCAAUUAUAAGCAACUAAAAAGAAUAAUCUCUGAAUUCAAACAUGUAAAAUCAAUGACCUUUGCUUCGUGUAAACUCACAAUACCUAAAGUCCCUAAUUUCUCAAUUGCGCUAAAUGGUACCAAUAUUCAAAAAUUAUCGUUUCAGAAAUCAGGACAAGUCAAUAGAAGUAAUUGGAAGGAAAACCCACAUGAGCUCAGGAACUUAGUCAAAGGACUUGCCACCUCAGAAUCCUUAAAACAAACCCUAAAAGAGCUAAAUCUCAAAGUCUGUAACGUAAAAGCAAGAGAGAUAAAAUUCUUAUUGGAAAGUAUUGGCUUGAGCAAACCAUAUCUAUUAAUAUAA